AAAUUGGAAACAAAAUAUCUAAAAAACCCUUAAAGAGGAAAAAGCUCACCCCCUUAAAAUGGCAGUUUGUGUCGAGGUAGUAGCAAGCACACACUUGUCGUCUCUCUCCCGCAACUCUUCUCGUGUUUCCACAGUCACCAAUAACAUUAGGUAAAAGCUAAAGAGGGUGUGAUUCAUUUAGUUUCAAGAUCUGAAGAGGGAAUUGAUGGGUACUCACAUCAAUUUCAACAGCUUAGGAGUAGACUCUUCAGGAGGUAAUGGGAGUGACAAUAACCAGUCAAAGCCAUUGGGGAGGCAGUCUUCGUUAUAUUCGUUAACAUUUGAUGAGCUUCAGAGCACAUUAGGCGAGCCAGGGAAAGAGUUUGGGUCAAUGAAUAUGGAUGAGCUUCUCAAGAACAUAUGGACUGCUGAGGAAACUACUCAACCCAUCAUGACAACGACAUCCUCCAUUGCAUCCGUGCAGCAACCAAGUAGUGGCUUUGCUCCAGGAGGAGGGGGUCUUGUGCAGAGGCAAGGCUCCUUGACUUUGCCUAGAACGCUUAGUCAGAAAACUGUUGAUGAGGUCUGGAAACACUUGAUGUCCAAAGAUAGUUGUAACGGGAGGGAUGCGCCUGAGAGGCAGGAGACUCUAGGGGAAAUGACUUUAGAGGACUUCUUGCUCCGAGCUGGUGUUGUGAAAGAAGAUGUUAACUGUAGUCAACAGAACCAAAACAACUGUGUUUCUACCGGUGUGGGAAUUGGAUUUGGUCAGCCGAAUCAAAACAACAUAUGGUUCAAGGGCAACAAUAGUUCUAUGAUCUUGAAUCAAGCACAGCAGCCACAUCAACAGCAGCUUCAACAACCACAUCAGAGAUUGCCUCCAACUAUUUAUCCAAAGCACGCCAAUGUAACAUUUUCAGCGCCUGUGAUGGGUAAAGUAGGGGUUAGUGUUGCAUCUACUUCUCCGGGGGGGACGAAUAGUGCAGAAAACAAUGCAGCUUGGUCAUCACCAGUUCCUUAUGUGUUUGGUGGUCAGGGAAGAAGAAGCAAUACAGGAGUGGUGGAGAAGGUUGUUGAGAGAAGACAAAAGAGAAUGAUCAAGAAUCGUGAAUCAGCUGCUAGAUCAAGGGCUCGAAAGCAGGCUUACACCUUGGAACUCGAAGCCGAGAUUGAAAAUCUCAAGCAACUGAAUCAAGAUUUGCAGAGAAAACAGGCUGAAAUUAUGAAAACACAGAAGAAUGAGGAACCGUCCAAGCAGCGUCCAUGGCUGGCCAAAACGCAAUGCUUGAGAAGAACCCUAACUGGUCCAUGGUAAGAAGACAAAACACAAGCAAGAAGAGCCUGGUAAUGUAGUACAACACCCAUCAAAAGGAAGACUCUGGCUUUAACUCCCUCGGACUUGGGACUUGGAAGACAAAAAAAAAAAUGUAAUAGAAGAUAGUUUCUACUGUACAGGAGAGAUGCAGACAAUGUAGAAAUCUUUUGAACUGAAUCUACUUAAAAGAGUGCAGAGUAUGAGAGAGCUUUCAAUAUGAA